UCUCGCAUCUGCUCCUCUACCGGUCCACACCCGCCACCCAGUUCGCCAUGGAUGACGAUAUCGCUGCUCUCGUGGUCGACAAUGGCUCCGGCAUGUGCAAAGCCGGCUUCGCAGGCGACGAUGCUCCACGUGCCGUCUUCCCAUCCAUCGUGGGCCGCCCGCGGCACCAGGGCGUUAUGGUGGGCAUGGGCCAGAAGGACUCCUACGUGGGCGAUGAGGCCCAGAGCAAGAGAGGCAUCCUGACCCUGAAGUACCCCAUCGAGCACGGCAUUGUCACCAACUGGGACGACAUGGAGAAGAUCUGGCACCACACUUUCUACAACGAUCUGCGUGUGGCCCCCGAGGAGCACCCGGUGCUGCUCACCGAGGCCCCCCUGAACCCCAAGGCUAACAGAGAGAAGAUGACGCAGAUCAUGUUUGAGACCUUCAACACUCCAGCCAUGUAUGUGGCCAUCCAGGCCGUGCUGUCCCUGUACGCCUCUGGGCGCACCACUGGCAUUGUCAUGGACUCUGGUGAUGGGGUCACACACACAGUGCCCAUCUACGAGGGCUACGCCCUUCCCCACGCCAUCUUGCGUCUGGACCACUUCCAUGUUCCCCGGAAUCGCAGAUAGGAUGCAGAAGGAGAUCACUGCUCUGGCUCCCAGCACGAUGAAGAUUAAGAUCAUUGCUCCCCCUGAGCGCAAGUACUCUGUGUGGAUCGGUGGCUCCAUCCUGGCCUCGCUGUCCACCUUCCAGCAGAUGUGGAUCAGCAAGCAGGAGUACGAUGAGUCUGGCCCCUCCAUCGUCCACCGCAAAUGCUUCUAGGCGGACUGUUACUUAACUGAGUGAGCUGUUACACCCUUUCUUGACAAAACCUAACUUGCGCAGAAAAAAAAUGAGACAACAUUGGCAUGGCUUUAUUUGUUUUUGGUUUUUUUUUUAAUUUUUGAAAAAAAUUUUGUUCUUUUGUUUUGGCGCUUUUGACUCAGGAUUUAAAAACUGGAACGGUGAAGGCGACAGCGGUCGGUUGGAGCAAGCAUCCCCAAGUUCUACAAUGUGGCUAGGACUUUGAUUGUACUUUUUUUUUUUUAAUAGUCAUUCCAAGUAUCCCUGGUUACAGGAAGUCCCUCCCAAAAGCCACCCCCACUCCCAAAAGGAGGAUGGCCCAGUCCACACCCUGAGUCUAUGCAGGGGAGGCGACAGCAUCGCUUUUGUGUAAAUUAUGUA